AUGCUCAGAAUUGCCUUUCUCCACUUCACUGUUCAUUUAAUCCACGCCGUGGUGGCAUGGCAAGUCCCUAGCGACUACGCCAUCACCCCCUCACCGGACGGCCGCUUCCUGCAGCAGUCCAACGGCAAGCCAUUCUUCUGGCAGGCUGACACCGCGUGGCUGCUAUUCCACCGGCUCAACUACAGCGAGGCGGAGACCUACCUGUCCGACCGCGCACGCAAGGGAUUCACGGUCGUUCUCGCUGUCGGCUUCACCCAGGAAGGGAUCACCAGCCCCAACCGCAACGGGGAUCUGACCUUCAUCGACGAAGAUGUGACGCGGCCGAACGAGGCGUACUGGGCCUAUAUCGACUCAAUCGUCGCACUGGCAUGGAGCAAAGGCAUCCGCAUCUGUCUGGUGCCCGCGUGGGGGAAGUUCGUGCAUGGAAGCGACAACUCCGCCAGCGUUCUCAAUUUAACGACAGCAACCCCCUUCGGCCACUUUAUCGGCCAGCGAUACCCCUACCUCCCCAAGACCCUCGUGGCCGACACUAACCCCUACUGGCAGAACAAGACUGCUGUCAAGGCGGACUACCUCCGAGGAGGAGUCCCCCCGACCUAUGAAGUGGUGGAUUGGUCGCCCGUCUACGAUGCAUUAGCCGAGGGGAUCGUGGCCGGCGAGCGACAAGCUAUCUCAACAUCAUCAUCAUCCUCGGCAGCAGACAAGUGGCAACCCCUGAUGACCAUCCACCCCACCAACCAAUGGUUCACAGGCGGUCCCAUCGCCCUGGCGCACGCCUUCUUCGGGAACCGCAGCUGGCUCACGCUGGACAGCAGCCAGUCCGGCCAUACGGACUACGCGCCCAACCCUCCGAUCCCGUGGUGGAACUGCCGGCGGGGCUGGGAGCCCGUCGAGCGCAUGUAUGCGGCGGGGAACUCCUCUACGCAACCUUCUGGCGGCAGCAAACCGCGUCCGGUCCUCGACAACGAGGCGCACUACGAGCACCGGUACAAUGACGGGAAUCCCGAUUCAUUCUAUUGGAAUGCCAGCGACGUGCGCAUCGGGAGCUGGCAGGCGGUCUUCUCCGGCGCCGCAGGCCUGACCUACGGUGCCAACGCCGUGCAACAAAUCGCCAUCCCCGGAUUAUACGCCUCGGAUGGGAGCGGACCGGGCGACGACUGGGAGCAGGACCUCGUGCUCCCGGGGUCUAGUCAGAUGCAGUGGAUCCAGAAGGUGGUGAUGGAUCGGGGCCAGGACAGCUAUUUCCGACGCGUGCCGGCGCAGGAUCUGCUGGUCGGGGAUGUGGGAGGGGACGAUGCCAGGGUCACCGCAACCAGAGAUCGUGGCGGGGAUUGGAUCUUGGUGUAUACGCCCACGGGCCAGGAGUUCCGGGUUGAUACCGGGGGGUUGAGCUCGUGUCCAGCGCGGGCAAGUUGGUUUGAUCCGUUGGAUGGGACUUAUACCUCGUUGGAGUACGCACAGUGCGGGCAGGGCUCGGUGCGAACGUUUACACCGCCGGUUGGGCAGGGGCAUGUGGAUUGGGUUCUGGUGUUGGAGGUGGUUUGA